UUUAGUCAAGUUUCAUCAAAAGUUUUACAGGUGUACGUUAUCUCUUGCGCGCGCUUGAAACAAGAUUUGACGUGAAUUAUAGCUCUGAUGGAUAAUCUCUCAAAACCACAGCUGGCGGCAUACACCGCUCGCCACAUACCGGUGGUUUAUGAUGUUCCAGUAAUCGGGCUUCAAAACGGUGGAUUCACCCGUUCAACAGGAGGCCGGCCAGUCGGCCGAGGCCCAGGACGAACGCGAGGGAACCGGCGCGGACGGGGGCGUGGCAAGCAGGGAUUGCCUCGAGUAAAUCCCAGGGUCACCGGCCAAAUCGCCAAUCGAACACGGAGGAGACGAAUGUGCGUGGCCGACGUGCGGACUGCCUUCCAGAGAUUUUACGCUUACCAGCAAGCCUUUCGUAGUUUUCGGAUACGCGAAGCGCGCAAGCAAAAGGAAGGGAAUGUAAGCAAAGUCCGGCAUCUACUUUCCACAAGAUAUCGGAUAUCUCCCGAAGACGUCUUCUACCUAACCGCAUCGGACUGCGACAUUCUCCAAAUUCCACCAAAGAUCCAAGCUGAGAUGAAUUUCUACGCGAACGAUACUCCUGACAACCCACUGGACACGUUACGUCAGUUCACCGGCGUAACCGGCAUUCAUCUGAAAACAACUGGCCGCUACCUCAGUGCCCUGGCGCAUGUUUCACGCCGCGGCAUCCUCCCAGCCAUUACGACGAAGGAUGGGGAUGGGGAGGUGGUUCAGAAUGAAAUCGACCGGAUGAUGGAGCAAAUCAACAUGGUUUAUGAAGAUGCUCUGCAGCUUCUGGAAGUUGUGAAAACUAUGGAAACGGUUGGUGCAAGUGCUAAUGGUUUAGCAGUCGGAAACCGAAAACAACUACAAGUUCACGAAGCGGAAUGCAGACCGACAACCGAGGAGAAUACAUAUGUAGCUACGUCGCUGGCGGUCAUCGCGGUAGGGAUUGGACUGGCAAGUCUGCUAUUUCUGUGGAGAUCGUUUUAAUUGAAUUGAUAACGUCGACAUUUUGCUGCGGUAAUACUGGGAUCUAGCUGUUAUAUACUGCUAUGUUGUUAGAUGUAUAAUAUUGUAACAUUAUUGUUGACAGGGCUGUCAUUACGGUAAUAACCUAUUAGCAUUCUUGCGGUGGGUAGUGUUUGCAAUAAUUUUCGAGGAUGCACGUAAACAUGCCAUGUUUUCCUGUUCCGGUGUUGAUUGUUCAAACCAGCUUUUCUACAGUGUGCGUCUUCGGA